ACGCGAACCGCGAACGUCCAAACUAACCUACCUACCUAACCAAAGUUGCUUGCGUUGCGUUGCAUUUCUCAAGUCAAACCGCUUUGGUAUUCAUUCUCUUUUAAUUUCAUCAUAAAGCUGCCGUUGCAUUUAGUGCACCACGCAUCCUCCGAAUUAUAAUAUAGGGUACCUCACCUAACUGUCUGCCGAGUGCCGGUAUUUUGUGUAGUCGAAUUCGAACCCGGCACGGCAUAAACAACUACAACCUAGGCCUACUUUGACGUACUACAACUAGGAACGAAAAACAACUCUUGACACAAUGGAGGAAGAGUUCUCCGUAGAGAAAGUUCUUGAUGUAAGAGUGAGGAAUGGUAAAACAGAGUACUAUCUGAAAUGGAAGGGCUAUACUGAUGAAGAUAAUACGUGGGAGCCAGAGGAAAACUUAGACUGUCCUGAAUUAAUUCAAGAAUUCCUGGAUGCGAGGAAAAAGAAAGAAUUUGUGGGGCGGAAAGAUGAUUCAAGCACCCCUAAGAUGGCCAAGAAAGAGAAAACUAAAAAUGUAAAAGACAAAGAAAACAAGUCUGUAGUUCAGCCAAAAAUGAAAAUUAUCGAGGAGGACGGUAAACCUCGGGGAUUUGAGAGAGGAUUGGAGCCCGACAAAAUCAUUGGUGCGACUGAUAUCUGCGGGGAACUGAUGUUUCUCAUGACAUGGAAAGAAACGCAAGAUGCGGACUUAGUUCCAGCCAGACAGGCAAACGUGAGAUGUCCGCAGAUUGUCAUUAGCUUCUACGAGGAGAGAUUGACCUGGCACAGAUCUUCUACCGAUGAGUCAGUCUAGUUCAUACACACAUGGUACAUAACCAAUUCUACUGCACCAGGGACCUAACCAAUCGAUGCUCUCUGAAUGCAGAUCGGGGAAACAAGUGUUUUGUAUUUUUAAUGAGUGAAAAAUGAAAAUAUUGUUACCUUAUAGAAGAUUGUAGGUAACCAUAACUUAGGACUACACUAUUAUUUAGUUGUAAGAGAUUUUAUAUACAAAGGGUUUUUUACAAGGUAAUUUUUUGUUAUAAUUUUGCUUUUUUACUUCCUUAUUUUGGUUAGUUUUGUAAAUCCAUCGGAGAUUGUUGGGUUGUAGUAUUAGUCAAUUUUAUAUACAAAAUUAAUUUUACAAUUUCUACAUUUGAUUUUGUAUUUCUAAAUUUAGGUUAGUUUUGCAAAUCCAUCGUAUUCUGUUGGGUUAAUGUUAAAUGUUAUUAAACUUUUAUGUUUUGUACAAUCCAUCGGAGAUUGUUGGGUUGUAAUAUAAUAUUAGACGAUUUUGAAUACAAAAUUAAUUUUACAAACUCUACAUGUGAUUUUGUAUUUAUAAAUUUAGGUUAGUUUUGUAAAUCCAUCAGGAUUUUGUUGGGUUGUAAUGAUGGACAUAUAGGAAAAAAAAGUUAAAUGUUACCAAACCUCUGUUUUUUUAAUCCAUCAGAGAUUGUUGGGUUGUAAUAUUAGACAAUUUUGAAUACAAAAUUAAUUUUAAAACAUCUACAUGCGAUUUUCUAUUUAUAAAUUUAGGUUAGUUUUGUAAAUCCAUUGGAUUUUGUUGGGUUUUAAUAAUGGACAUUUAAGAAAAAGAAAGUUACUAAACUUCUGUGUUUUGUACGCCACUUUUUAUAAAUUCAUCAAACUGUGUUGUGCUGUAAUAUUAUACAUUUUCCAAAUACAAAUGUUAAAUGUUACUGUC